CGAGGUUGGCGCGCCCCGGGAUCCGGCCACUGCACUUGAGGGGAGAUGAGCUCGGCUGACAAGGCCCGGGUGGGGCUCGCGGCCGACGGGCCUGCGCCGCCCGAGGAGGAGGAGGGCGAGGGGGGCGGCGAGGCGGGCGGGAAGGAGCCGGCUGCAGACGCGGCCCCCGGGCCCAGCGCCGCGUUCCGCUUCCUGGUGACUCGGCGGGAGCCGGCCGUGAAGCUGCAGUACGCGGUGAGCGGCUUGGAGCCGCUGGCCUGGUCCGAGGACCACCGCGUGUCCGUGUCCACGGCCCGCAGCAUCGCUGUGCUGGAGCUCAUCUGCGACGUGCACAACCCGGGCCAGGACCUGGUCAUCCACCGCACCUCUGUGCCCGCUCCUCUCAACAGCUGCCUCCUUAAAGUUGGCUCCAAAGCAGAAGUUGCUGAGUGUAAGGAGAAGUUUGCCACCUCGAAAGACCCCACAGUCAGUCAGACUUUCAUGUUGGACCGGGUGUUCAACCCUGAGGGGAAGGCUCUGCCACCGUUGAGGGGAUUCAAAUAUACUAGCUGGUCCCCCAUGGGUUGUGAUGCGAAUGGCAGGUGCCUCCUGGCGGCACUGACCAUGGACAAUCGCCUGACCAUCCAGGCCAACCUCAACAGACUCCAGUGGGUCCAGCUGGCUGAUCUGACAGAGAUUUAUGGAGAACGCCUUUACGAGACCAGUUACAGGCUCUCUAAAAACGAGGCUCCUGAAGGGAAUCUUGGGGACUUCGCUGAGUUUCAGAGGAGACACAGCAUGCAGACUCCAGUGCGCAUGGAGUGGUCGGGCAUCUGCACCACGCAGCAGGUCAAGCAUAACAACGAGUGCCGGGACGUGGGCAGCGUGCUCCUGGCGGUCCUCUUUGAGAACGGCGACAUUGCCGUGUGGCAGUUUCAGUUGCCCUUUGUGGGGAAGGAAUCCAUCUCUUCGUGCAACACGAUCGAGUCAGGAAUCAACUCUCCCAGUGUUCUGUUUUGGUGGGAAUAUGAGCACAAUAAUCGGAAAAUGAGCGGCCUUAUUGUGGGGAGUGCUUUUGGACCUGUAAAAAUUCUUCCCGUUAAUCUCAAAGCAGUUAAAGGCUAUUUCACUCUAAGGCAGCCUGUUGUCUUGUGGAAAGAAAUGGACCAGUUGCCGGUGCACAGCAUUAAGUGUGUCCCUCUCUAUCACCCUUACCAGAAGUGCAGCUGUAGCUUAGUGGUGGCUGCAAGAGGGUCCUAUGUGUUUUGGUGUCUUCUGCUGAUCUCCAAAGCAGGCCUCAAUGUUCACAACUCCCAUGUCACAGGCCUUCACUCGCUGCCGAUCGUCUCCAUGACUGCGGACAAGCAGAACGGGACAGUGUAUACUUGUUCCAGCGACGGCAAGGUGAGGCAGCUGAUUCCCAUCUUCACGGAUGUGGCGUUAAAGUUCGAACACCAGUUAAUCAAACUGUCAGAUGUGUUUGGCUCGGUGAGGACGCACGGGAUAGCGGUGAGCCCCUGCGGCGCGUAUCUGGCCGUCAUUACGACCGAGGGCAUGGUCAACGGCCUCCACCCCGUUAACAAAAACUACCAGGUCCAGUUUGUUACUCUCAAAACAUUUGAGGAGGCAGCUGCUCAGCUCCUGGAGUCUUCCGUGCAGAAUCUCUUCAAGCAGGUAGAUUUAAUAGAUCUAGUACGCUGGAAGAUUUUAAAAGAUAAACACAUCCCGCAGUUUUUACAGGAAGCUUUGGAAAAAAAGAUCGAAAGCAGUGGGGCCACCUAUUUUUGGCGUUUCAAACUGUUCCUCCUGAGGAUUUUGUAUCAGUCGAUGCAGAAAACCCCUUCGGAAGCAUUGUGGAAACCCUCCCACGAGGACUCCAAAAUCUCGCUAGUUGACUCCCCUGGGAUGGGCAAUGCCGAGGACGAACAAGAGGAAGGCACGUCUUCCAGACAGGCCGGUCGGCAGGGCCUUCAGGAGCGGAGCAGAGAGGGCGACCCGGAGGACCCCAUUGAUGAUUCGCUGGCCCCGUCUGGAGAGGCGGGGGGCCGGGAGCCGAUGGAGGAGAAGCUCCUGGAGAUCCAGGGGAAGAUCGAAGGCGUAGAAAUGCACUUGACCAGGGAGCACAUGAAGCGGGUCUUGGGAGAAGUGUACCUGCACACCUGGAUCACAGAGAACACAAGCAUCCCCACCAGGGGCCUCUGCAACUUCCUGAUGUCAGACGAAGAGUACGACGACCGCACGGCUCGGGUGCUGAUUGGACACAUCUCGAAGAAGAUGAACAAACAGACCUUCCCUGAGCACUGUAGUCUGUGCAAGGAGGUCUUGCCGUUCACGGAUCGCAAGCAGGCAGUCUGCUCCAACGGCCACAUUUGGCUCCGGUGCUUUUUAACCUACCAGUCCUGCCAGAGUCUGAUCUACAGAAGGUGUUUGCUCCACGACAGCAUAGCCCGCCAUCCGGCCCCGGAAGAUCCUGACUGGAUUAAGAGGUUACUGCAAAGCCCUUGCCCUUUCUGUGACUCUCCUGUCUUCUGAAUGUCAGCGGUGGGAAGAUGGGAACGACACAUGCUCUGUUACAGAAAAUACCUUCUGGCCUGAAGAUGUAGGACGCGCUGGCUAAUCCUGGCCUUCAAGUGGCGAGGCUCUCUCCAUGAGUGUAGAUCAGGCCCCGGGAACUCAUUUCUGAAGUACGGUCCCCAUCUCCGGGGACUAAAGGAUUUCUCUAAAACAACUGAAUGCAGAGAUUUUAAGUCACUCUGAGAUGAACAUUAGCCUCCCCCUCCUUACCCAGUCAGGACACUUAUUUUUCAAGUGUUUUGACUGAAGCAGUUUGAACAGCAAGCAGGGCCUGUCAUCACUGGGAACAGGGUGAUCCUUCUAGAGAGCUGGGGGUAGGGGCUCGCUGGACCCAGUUAGGCUUAACGCCUCCCUCGGUGUGGAGCUGCCUUUGGCUCCAGAGGGCUUCCGUGAUGUGCAUGGUGUGCGGUGUUCCAGAAGACAUUAAAAGUGUCUAAAACA